AUGCGCGCUCAGCUCCGCAUCCCGCCGCUUUCUCGGGCUGGGGGGAAACAAAGCUGGGACCGGGGAUCUGUCACAGGCCGCGUCCCGGCGCCAGCCGCCGAGCUGGAAGCUGAGGCGAGCGCGAUCAUCCCCGACCAUUUUAAGCAGCGGAGACCCUGUUCGGAGCCAGCGCUCUUGGCUAAGUUUAGCAAGGCAGCCGCGCACGCCGCGCCUCAUGAGCAGCCCCCGAACCCUCUGCGGGGCAGCCAGCGGGCUCCUACCCAUCCUUCUUCCAGCCGCGGCUGCCUCCGGCCCGGGCACGAACGGCGCCCGGCUUCCUCCUCUCACGAGGAGAGGCAGGUGGAUGUCGGGAGGUGGAAAAGGAAGGGACGAGGAGACAGGAGCGGCCGCGGGCAGCAGGGGGCCGGGUGCCGGCAGCAGAAGCGGCCGGAGCCUGCCCGGGCCAGAGCAGCGACCUGUCCACUGCGGGCGCUCUCCUCCGGAGCCUUCGGUUCCCAGAAUGACCCAAAGGACGACAAACACACGGGAAGAGCAGGCACAAGGAGAGGAACGAACGAGAGAAAGAGUUUUGCUCAGGCAUCAUCACUACAGGGAGCCUGCCAGCACUGCUGGGUGCACAGGACAUCUUGCACACCAAACUCCAGUCAGUCACCUCUGAUGGCUUUUGAAUUCCUGUGCCAGAAACCCUUGGAAGACAUCAUGAGAGAGAGAAUUAACUGCACGGGUCCUUUGUGGCUAUCUCUUCAAACAAAGUGCCUUCGGAAAGGCACAUGACUAUCACAGUAAAAUGGUCUGUGUGGUUGGUGUUUCAGGAAGCAGGCAACUCAGAGCAAAUUAUAUGGUGGUGGUCUCUGUCCUGGCAAAAUUGACCAAGAACGACCUUGAUGAAGGGCCUAGUGUUAAGGAGUUGUGAGCUGUCCCCUCAUGAGGAAGCCUUGUUGGCACUCAUACUGAACAGUCACGUCCUGUGCAACGGAGUGCAAAGCAUGCAGGAGAGAGAGAGAAGCCCAAGCUCCAUAAGACAGAGACAAAAGAUCAAAAGCAGUGAAGAAAUUAUGGUAAAGCAAUUAACAUCAGUCUGUUUGUUCACUAUUUUGUACACGUCUGUCUUCUGGUAGCUGAAGAGCAGUUUUGCCCUUUCAUCUCAAUUGACCAGUGGCCCUGAAGGUGGCUUUCACAAACCCCCAAAGUGACCACAGUAUGAAAAAUCUGCACAAUUAACUGGAGAUUAAAGAGAGCUAGAACUGACCCAUUUUGAUGAAGGGGAUCGAAGAGCGUGCCAGAGAAACUGGAGGUAACAGCCAGUGCCCCAGCUUAUUCAGAUCAGAGAAGUGCAGGAACAAAUAGUUCCAGCACGGUUAUCCUCACAAAGAGAAGUGGGGAGCAGUGGAGAGAGGUGCGUGGUGAGGAGGAAAGACAUUUCAAUGCUCCCUUUCCUUUUGUCAUCUCAACUUGGUAACACCUUAUGUAACUGGUUCUUUUUUUUUUAAAUUGUGGGACUGUAAAAGUUUCCUGACUGUAAAAUUGUAAGAAUAAGAAGUACUUGUGAUCUUCUUGAAAUAUUUUUCUUUUUAGCUGAAAAAAAAGGAUAUAUACAAAAAAGUCUGUACUAGAACAGCAAGUUAAAGCUUUUUCAAUAGAGAGUCAGGUUAUUUCUUUUUCCUAAUGUAAUAAAAGGUGCGACUAAACCAGUGAUAUCACAAUUCCUGCAUGUUGAAAUAGUUACUAAGAAUAACUUUUUCUUUUCAGCUGAGCUUGAGCUGAGAAUCUGAUCUGGAAGAACAUUGCAGGGUUAAACUGGACAGGUUUGUUGCUAAUCUGAAGACACAAACAGAAGAAAUCAGGAGGACUCAAGGCAGCAUCAGACCUCACCUCAUUGAGAGCAGGAGGCAUGUUCUUUACCUCCUGUUUGCAAUGGACAAAGUGUGAGCUGACAUACCUCUUGUAGGAGCAGGAACUUGUUUGCAUGUACAGCUUAACUUU